AUGGAUGUCGCCCCCAAAAAGCUCACUCUCUCUUGUUCGAGAUGCCGUGUCUCCAAAUUAAAAUGUGAUCGCAAAGAGCCUUGUCGUGACUGCGCCCACUUAUGUACAAAAGAUGAACGUCAACCGAGAGCUAAGCGGACCAAAAACAAACAUGAUGCGCCAAACAACCAGGUGACCCCGGAGAAAAAAGAGGAAGGACCGGAAAUUGAAGAGACGGCGCAUAUCUUGGAACAAUUCGUGCACAUCAUUCCUCUCCCCGAAUCAGCAGGCGUGGCCCCUGAUAUCCCCAAUCCAUACUGGAAAACCGGGGAUCCGCAAAGGAACGAACAAAAGCUUGCCUUGAUCCGAGAUGUGGUCCAGGCCCUGCCAGAGUGGGAUAUCAUUCAAGCCCUCCACGAGGUCUUUGUCACGCGUUGUCAGGGACCUCUGGGAAAUGUGGUGCACACCCCAAGCUUCAAGAAGCAAGCGGAUCAAUUGCACCACUGCUUAAAAAUGAAUUCCCCCGAUGCAGCUAUUGCCAGUACGCUAUCCAUGGACUCUCUUGCUGUUUUGCUUCUCGCGCUCGUGCUCGGACUCGCGUUCCAUCCAACUCCGUCCCUUUUGGGUGCCCAGCUUACUCCGUUGACUUACCGCGUGGAGCAACUACGUGUCUCGGAUGAGCCUAUAUCGACAUGGCGAUCCCUCAGUGUGCGUUGUCUCCAUGGAGGGAUUUCCCUCUUCUGCGGCUCUCUCUUCAGCUUACAAGCAGCUAUCAUGCUCCUGUUGGAUGCAAAGGAGAGCUCAUUAGAACUUGAUGCCAUCUUGGUUACCGCCAUUUCAGGUGCGCGCAAACUUGGAUUGCAUCGUUUGGGUAAUGCCACUUUGGAUGCCUCCUUAUUUCAUGACUUGACGACCGCUGAACCACCUCAUAUUCGCACGGAGAUUGCGACUCGAAUUUGGUGGACUCUUGUCUUGAGAGACUGGUCGCGCGGACAGACUCUUGGCUACUAUACUAUUCAUCCCUCACAGUUCAAUACACGAAUGCCGUUGCAUAUUAAUGACGACGAUCUACUUAGGACACAUGGCAAGAUUCCCGAGCGCCCUCGGUCUGAGUUUACCAUGCUGUCCUAUACGGUACACGCGUUGGAAGUCUCAGUCAUUGUACGGGAAUUACUUGAUCUUGGCGACACCGCAAACGAGAUUAGCCAGCGCCGCCAGCAUCUCAAUCAACAGUACGAAAAAUAUGUGGCAAAUUUACCGUCCUACUUUAGGCUGGGAAGCACUGUCGGACUCACAGCCAUGGGUCCCAUGGCCGCCAUCCCAGUCGAACGAUUCAUGUUGCAUCAACAGCUGUGGAGCCUACUUCUCCGCCUACAUCGCUGUACACUCUCCUCCCCCAUGGGGCGUGCAUCUUGCCAGCAGCUGGCUCAUAACAUUAUCAACACGCAAGCCCAGAUCCAAGCCCGUUGCACAGUUUGUAGCUCACUAUCCACCAAUGAGACGCAACUCUUCAAUGCUACCGUUGUACUGGUCUUGGGGUUAUUGUUUGAUUCUCCGUUGACCGAGGCUGAGCGCUCGAGUGCUCAAAUCGGCCGCUUAAUGACACGAGACCAUAUUCGAGAGGCCAUUGAACUGCUGCGUACUAAAAUCUCACCUGAACGAUACUUCGGCGACACUAUGUCCCAGGAAUUGUUGCAACACCCGGUGUCGCGCAGUGUUGUUGCCCUCGAGGCCCUUAUGAAGUUGGAAGAGGAUUCAGGUGGUUGUGUAAACCGCCAUGCCGGAUCGAACCAGAAGCGCCCCCUCUACCACCAGGUGGUAGAGAUUUUGAAGAGAUUGAAUGCUCCAGCCACUCCUAUUGAUCCACCCGCUCUGGAAUUACCGACUCCUGGGGAUACCUCUUUUGAUCAUUCCUUGCCCGUUCUAGAUGGCCUUCCCGAUAUAGAUGUGAUGCCCAUUCUGUCUAAUGGGCUGAGUCCUAAUAUUUGGGAUUUCUUGGACUUCCAACCACCGGAAGACGUAGGAAAAGAGAAGUUCUCACCUUUGGCCCAUGAAUUUCCGUUAACUCUAGGGAGCGGGCCCACGUUACAUCCUGCAACAACCCCUUCGAGUGCUGACGUCUUUAUGGCUGCUGAUUUUUACGAUGUCAUGGAAAAUGAGAGCCUUCCUUCCUCGUGA